AUGGUUCACGACUUCAACGAAACCGACGAUGCAUCCACGCUUGGUUUCACAUUACCUCAACUUCUUCAAGUCAACUCAACUUGCCAUCACAAGACAGCCGUUGUCUGUGCCAACACUUCUUUAAGUUAUGCCGACUUGCAUGCCCGGGCGAAUCGCCUGGCAGACUGGUUCGGCAGGCGCGGCAUUGGGCCCGGAUGUCUUGUCGGUGUUGCAUUAGACCGCUCUGUGGACCUGGUCGUCGUGUUCCUGGCAGUGCUGCAAUCCGGAGCGGCUUACGUGCCCUUGGAUCCAGCUUUCCCAGCAGAACGACUGAACCAAAUGAUUCAAGAUGCAAAGCUCGAGCUUCUCGUUGCCGAAGCCAACAUCUUGGAGUCGAUGACACAGAACGAUAUUGAGACGUGCAACAUUGAAGACGUGCAAGAGGCAAUUAAAUCAGAUGAAGACUACUACCGGCAUACAGACGUGCAAAUACGGCCAGAGGAUCUCGCUUUCGUCAUCUACACAUCCGGCUCUACGGGGAGGGCCAAAGGCGUGGAGAUCAGUCACGGAGCUGCGUGUAAUUUCAUCCUGUCACUACUCAAGGAGACCGGACACAACGGAGGUGACCGCAUGCUGGCCAUUGCACCCGUCUCCUUUGAUAUGGCCUUCUACGAACUGAUCCUGCCACUGGCAUGCAGUGGCACCGUCGUUAUUGCACAGGCAAACCAGUUGAAAGACCCGACCGCCUUGCUGGGACUCAUGGAAGAACAUGCAAUCACCGUCGUGUCGGCAACGCCAACAAGGUGGCAGAUGCUCAUCGAUUCCGGGUGGGGAACUGCCCCCAAGCUGAAGAUCAUCAUGUCCGGUGGGGAGGUUCUGUCUCGCCAACUUGCAGAGCGUCUGCUUGAUUACAGCGAGAGGGUCUUCAACGGAUAUGGGCCGACAGAGGCCACUGUUUGCACAUCUGUCUGGCGAGUACGGCGUGGUCAAGACGUCAUCGUCGGGCGCCCUCUGGCCAAUGUUCGACUGUACGUGCUGGGCCCGGAUCUUGCUCCGGUUCCGGAAGGCUGCUCUGGCGAGCUUUACAUCGCGGGCGCUGGACUUGCUCGCGGCUACCGCCACAACCCGGAACUAACCAGUUCUGCAUUUGUUCGUGACCCCUUCCAUGAGGGUAGAAUGUACCGCAGUGGGGAUAUUGCUCGUUUCUUGUCUUCCGAUGAGCUGGUGGUAUUGGGCCGUGCGGAUGGCCAAGUAAAAGUCCGCGGCAAUCGGGUCGAAAUUGGUGAUAUUGAAUCGGCCAUGACAGCUCAUCCUUGUGUCUCUGCCGCUAUAGUAAUCUCUGAUGGUGAUCGGCUAACUGGUUAUUAUGCACGGGCUGCAAAGAAGAAUGGCCAAGAAUUACCGGAGAACGCUGAAGAGCCCAUGAAAUUUCAAGGGCUACUUCGCGACUGGCUGGCCAAGCAACUUCCUUCCUACAUGAUACCAGCAUUCCUAGUUGAGCUUCAGGCCUUCCCUGUCACAGUUAAUGGCAAAAUUGAUCGUACAAAGCUCUCUCAGCCAGUGGCGGGCUUCCAACUACCAGCCGAAAUGGGGCGAUGGACGGAGAUGCAGCGCCAAGUAUGGUUCAUUUGGUCGAAUGUACUAGGUCAUAGUCAAAUUGAUUUGGAUGACAAUUUCUUCCAUAAGGGAGGCGACUCUGCCCGGGUGGUCCAAGUCCAUGCAGGGCUCCUGAAGCUCCUUGGCAAGCCAGUGAUGCUGGCAAAGCUAUUCGAGCAUUACACGAUCAGGACGUUAACAGCGCACCUGACCAGUAACGACAGGGCCGAGGAGGAUCUCCCCGUGCAAGAACAACACACUCAUAGUGAUGGGAGGAAAGAGCCCAUUGCUGUCAUUUCCAUGGCAUGUCGUCUCCCCGGAGGGGUUGAUACACCCGAGGAAUUUUGGGAGCUUUUAGAAAGCGGCAAGGACGCCAUCGUCGACGUCCCCAAGGACCGAUGGGAUGUCGAUGCUGUGUAUGAUGCAGACCCCGAUGCCCCAGGCAAGACGUACUGCCGCACAGGCUGCUUCCUGACCUCCAUCAACUCCUUUGAUCCCCCAGCAAUCGGCAUCACCCCCCUUGAAGCAGGCCAAAUUAGCAAAGAGCAGCUGGUUAUGCAUGAGACUUGUUGGGAAGCUUUCGAACGCGCGGGCUACACAACUCAGCAGCUAAAUGGAAGUCGAACAGGCGUGUACCUUGGUCUGAUCAACGCCCCUGCCUAUAGCGUAAACGGGGCAGGUGAAUCACUCCAUCAUGGCGGUACGGGAGGCAUUGGCAGCAUGGCAUCGGGUCGCAUAUCGCACACGCUGGGCCUGGAAGGCCCUUCAUUAACUAUAGACACAGCAUGCUCGUCGUCUCUCGUCGCAACACACCUAGCGAUCAAUGCUCUGCAACAAGGCGAGUGCGACAUGGCCAUCGCCGGAGGCGUCAAUUUGCUGCUCACGCCCGCACUACAUGUCGAGUUCAGCCGUCUCGGUGCCAUGUCGCGUGACGGCCGAUGCAGGGCUUUCGCGUCCGAUACAGGAGGGACUGGCUGGGGAGAAGGCUGCGCUGCCGUUGUUCUCAAGCGCCUCUCCGACGCUGAGCGCGACGGCGAUGAGGUGCUCGCAAAGUUGCGUGGAAACGCCGUCAAUCACGAUGGGCACAGCUCUAACCUUACCGCUCCAAGCGGUUCGGCACAGAGGCGUCUCAUCCUCGCAGCUCUUGCCUCAUCAGGCUUGCGGCCAAACGACAUCGACUACAUCGAGGCUCAUGGCACGGGCACCAAAUUGGGUGACUCUAUCGAGGCCACAGCCCUUGCGGAGGUUUUUGGUGGCAGUCGCUCAGAGGAUACUCCUCUAUGGGUGGGUUCGGCGAAGUCCAAUGUCGGCCACACUCAAGCGGCUGCUGGUAUGGUGGGAUUGCUGAAGGUCGUAUUGGCUAUGCAACAUGGAAUUUUGCCCCAGAGUCUUCAUGUUGAACAGCCGACCACCACAGUAGAUUGGGAGAGUGCCGGUAUGGCUGUGGUACAGACCAAGCAGCCAUGGGCGCCAACCAAAACCCGGCCACGGCGAGCCGGUGUCAGCGCUUUCGGUGUGAGUGGUACAAAUUCUCACAUCAUCGUGGAAGAAGCACCAAAGUUAGCUGGCGUGAACACGCCGCGAGAAUCUGUCUCAGCUUCGUUGCCAAACUCGCUUCCCGUGUUAAUAUCCGGCCGCAGCAAGGCUGUCCUGCGCCAACAAGUUCGAAAGCUUCGCUCGUAUCUUAGAAGCAGAGAUGCUAGAGAUAUCUGCCUCGCUGAUGUUGCAUUUUCGUUAGCAACCAGUCGCAACCACUAUGGCCAGAGGCUAGCGUUCAUGGUAGGGAGCUUGGCACAGCUUGACGAGAAGUUGUCGCUCGAACUGGCGGCCCAAGAAGCACCGGCUGGCUUUACCCACGAGGCCGGUAAUCCUUGCAUCGCCAUGCUCUUCACCGGUCAAGGUGGUCGUCUUCUACAAAUGGGAAGAGAGCUUGCUUCUUACCAUCCAGUCUUCAGAGCAGCUGUGGACGAGGUUGCAGGACACUUUGAAGGUCGACUCCAGGAUGUAAUAUGGGCCGAUCCAGACAGUGAGAAUGCUGCAGUACUUCGGCGCACAGACUAUGCCCAGCCGGCCUUGUUUUCGAUCCAGGUUGCGCUAUGGCGAUUGUGGAACAGUUGGGGGGUGCAGCCACAGUUUGUCUUGGGGCACAGCGCGGGCGAGCUGGCCGCGGCACAUGUUGCUGGGAUCAUGGAUCUUCCUGAUGCCUGUCGAUUGGUGACGGCACGCAGCCGGCUCAUGCAAGCCGUGGAUCAGGCGGGCAAGAUGGCGGCCUUGAAGGUUGGCCCUUCGGAGACUCGCGAGGCAAUCGUGGAGCUGGAUAUUGGUCACAAAGUCAGCAUUGCGGCCUACAACAGCUCGGAGGAGACCGUCGUUUCUGGGGAUGUAGACGCAGUCGAGGCUUUGUGCGAUUACGCGUCGAGGCAAGGUCACGGUUCCAAAGUGCUUGAGGCCUCUCAUGCUUUCCACUCCUGCCACAUGGAUGGCAUGCUUGCAGACUUGCAGGCGGUUGCUGGGACGCUGCAUUUUCAUCCACCAAAGGUAGCCGUGGUCAGUACGCUGACGGGCAAAUUAGCGGAGCCCGGACAGCUCGAGCAACCGGCGUACUGGGUGCAACAAGUCCGGGAAGCAGUCCGCUUCAGCGAUGGAAUUAGAGAGCUGUCCAAUCACGGCGCGAACACCUUCAUCGAGCUGGGUCCUUCUCCCACAUUGUGUGGCAUGGGAGCGGCGUGCCUCUCCAGCGAAACCUUGCGUGGGGAUGCCGGAUGUGAGCCUGCAUGGCUGCCGUCACUCGUUCCCAAGAAAGGUGAUGUGACGGUGAUUCAGAAGAGCCUCGCUGACCUGCAUGCUCGCCACGUUAACAUCAACUGGAAAGCAUACUUUGAGCCAUUCAGUUGCAAGCGAGUGCGUCUCCCAACAUACGCCUUCCAGCGAGAGGUCAUAGGGCAGAACGAGGCAGCGGUAAAGUCGGACGUCAAUGGACACGCCACGACUUCGUCUCAGGGCACCAAACUCCCAGUAACAGGCUCUUUCCCACUGGAAAUUAAGUGGAAUCCAAUCGACGUCGAAAACGUACGCCCAACACAGGGAAUAUGGGGUUUGUGCGAAUCGACAGGUACGGAAUCAUUGACAGACUACGUGAGAAACGCUUUGUCGACCGUUGAAGGCUUGAGGCUUGUCCCGGUCAAUGACCUGGAGGAAGUUGCAAGCUUAGAUGGAUUGAUAUGUCCCUGGGAGUCAGACGCCGCCAGCCAUACUCCAAGCCAGGCAGGCCAACUCACGAUGAAAGCUCUCACGCAGCUCCAGAAAGUGUCCUCAGUCCAAUUCUCAAAGCCGGUAGUAUGGGUCACACGGCAAGCCAUUGGUACUGGCGUCGUCGCCUCGGAGCUACUCCAGGGAAUCGAAGCUGCCCCGUUAUGGGGUCUGAUGCGGUCAGUCCGGGGUGAGCAGUCAGAAAUGCGCCUGCGCCUGGUCGACCUGGACGCGGAGACGGGGGCAACAGGGGCAGCAUCCAACAUCAUCAGCUCCAUUAUAGCUCUCAACGAUGAACCCGAAUGCGCGAUUCGCGGAGAUCAAAUCCUCGUGCCCCGCAUAGCGCAUGCCGAGGAGCCAGGGUCAUCCGUUCCCUCGCUGAAAGCAGAGCCUCUGAUCCGUCCAGACGGUGCGGUACUCAUUACCGGUGGUUUGGGAGAUCUUGGAGCACAUAUUGCCCGUUUGCUUGCCAGCCGCCAUGGGGUCCUUGACCUAAUCCUGGUGUCUCGCCGGGGUAUGGCUGCGCCGAAUGCCAAGUCGGUGGUUGCCGAGCUUGCUUCUCUUGGCGCCAAUGCCACUGUCGUCACCGGAAGCGUGGAUGAUCUUGAAAGUAUGCAGCGCAUCAUGGAGUUAUUCAACCAUAGCCGACCCCUUCGCGGUGUUGUCCACACGGCAGGGGUGGCAGACACUGGCAUCCUCUCAACGUUGAAGCCAGAGCGUUGCCCAGAAGUGUUUGCACCCAAGGUAAGCGGCGCCUGGAACAUGCACACACUGACCAAGGACAUGGACCUGGACAUUUUUGUCCUGUUCUCCUCCAUCUCGGGUGUCAUUGGCCUGCCCGGGAUCGGUCUGUACGCUGCGGCGAAUGCCUUUCUGGACGCGCUGGCUCAUCUGCGAAUCGCCACAGGCCUACCAGCAACAUCAAUAGCUUUCGGAACCUGGCAGGGCGAGGGAAUGGCCGCUGGCCAUAGUGGGACGAUUCGUGCGCAUACUUCACAGUUUGGCCGCAGUCCGUUGACCCACGAGGAAGGGCUACGACUUUUCCAUCAAGCAGCCUCGAGCCGCCGAGCGCUCACAGUAGCUACCUCGCUUGAUCUCAAAAGGCUACAGAAUCACUUUGACGAUCGGGGAGGAGUUCCGGCCCUGUUUCGCUCGCUCUUGGGUCAAAGGAGCAGCCAGCCUGGGCAGAAUCUGCGCAAGGCAUGGAGUGCCGCACCUGCAAAGCAAAGGCCAGGCAUUGUACUCCGCAUGGUCCAAGAAACCAUAGCCAGCGCGUUAGCAUUCGCGCACCCAGAUGAGGUGGACGUCCAUAAACGUCUACAAGAUGUUGGGAUCGACUCGCUUACGGCGGUGCUUGUUCGAAACCACCUCAGCGUGCUCACCGGCUUGAAGUUGUCCGCAAAUUUCACAUACCAUCAUCCGAGUGUGAAGGCGCUUAGUGAUCACUUGACAAGCAAAUUGCAGAGUGACUGGGACGCAGAAGACGUUACCCCUACGUCCCUUUUGCCCCAGUCAAGUAACCUAGACCCCGUCACCAAUACGCCACUGUCAACAGAUUCUCCCUCCAUCAGCUUAGCCUCCAUACGUAAGGGCUGUCUGGACGCCUGUCUAAGAUUCGAAAAUGCCACUCAAUGUGUCACCCGUCCCAAGUCUGUUCUUGUAACCGGCUGCACGGGCUUUGUCGGUGCGUUUAUUGUUCAUGAGUUACUGAAGCAGGGCAUCACGGUGUAUUGUCUAGUACGUGCAAAUAACGACCGUCACGCGAGGCAACGAAUGGUCGACACGCUGACCUGGUAUGGGUUAUGGGACGCUCGAUUCAUACCAAUCCUUCACAUCGUUGUAGGGGAUAUAACGCAACCUCUGCUUGGCCUCGGCGAGCAGCUAUUCGAAGAACUAAGUGAAACAGUCGAUGCUAUAUGCCACUCUGCUGGCCUCGUAGAUUGGAUGCGCCCGUUGGAUGACUACGUCGGCCCGAACAUGAUCAGCACGCACGAGGUAUUGCGGUUAGCCUCGCGGGGGCGUGGCAAGGCAGUCCAUCUCGUGUCCACCAUCGCCACACUACCGAUGCAUCUGGGAUGGGACGUUUCCGAAGACCAAUAUGAACAUUCGUACGCGACAUCGAAGAUGAUGGCGGAGCGCAUGGUGUCAGCCGCUCGCUGGCGAGGGGCCAGGGCAUCGGUGUAUCGAAUGCCGUUCGUCUUCGCGUCGUCGACUGGGCAUUUCCGUCUCGACCGUGGCGACUUCUUGCACAAUCUCAUUGCAGGGAGCAUUCAGAUGGGCAGCUUUCCGGUCAUAAAUGCGGACUUGUCGACUGUGCUUCCAGUAGACUACCUAUGCAGAAGCAUGGUUGAUGUCGUAACGCGGGACGUGUCGCGGAUCGGGCGAGACUUCGACUUCAAACACGAGGACGCUCCAUCGUUUGGUGAUUUGUUUGGGAUGAUGGUUGCUGCUGGAGCCGCGAAAGGGACGAUGCCAUUUUCGGACUGGCGUGAAAAAGCGCUUAGUCAUGCCUCAGCUCAUCCAACCAGCUCGCUCGCUCGUAUUGCGACCGUGCUUGAUGACUGUGAUGAAGAAGCAGUCGCCGCCAUGUUUGGUACUCUUCCCCUCGGACCAAAUAUUCUCGAUGGAAACAGGGACAGUGACCAUUCGACUCCUCUAGUUGACGUUCAAUUUGUGGAAAACUACCUUAACAUAAUAUCUGCAUUAUCACGGUCGAAGGCUGAACAUUAA